AAAAAUCUAAAUUUUAGUGAAGAUGAGUUGUUGUUCAUUUAUAGGAAGAGUAUUAUUGGUGGUAAUUUUCAUUGGUGCUGGAGUUGAUAAAUUAAUGAGUCCAUAAAAUUCUGUAGCAUUAUUGAAUGGAAGAUAUCCAGGCUUCUAUAAAUUUUUGGAUUCCACAAUAAAAUAAUACAAUGUUCAACUUCCAGAUUAAUUAGUAAAGAUUAAAUCAAAAAUUUUAGUAACCUGAAGCGAUCAAAAAAAUAUCAACUCAAAUAAUUUAAGGAGUAGGAGUUGCUGAAAUAUUUUUAAGUUUUUUUGUAAUUUUGAAUUAUGGAUGGGCAGGAAAAUUAUUAUUUUUGUUAACUUCAUCAUUUAUUGUAAUAAUUCAUAAUCCAUUGAUUCAUGGAAAAACAUAAGAGUAAUAAUAUAAAUAGAUUUAUAUAAUAGUGAAAAAUUAUCAGAGUAAAUUCAAGCAUUAUGGACAUUAGGUAUUGCUGGUGCUUUAUUGAUUAUUGGUGCUUCUCCAAGUUAAGUUAAAGCUCCUGUUCCAGCAUCUACAAAAGGAAAGGGAGUAGCACCAACUGCACCAAGCAAGAAAGCUAAGAGAAAUUGAGAAAUUUAAAUAAAUAU